AUGGCUGCCGGCGUAGCAACUGGCGGUGCGGAAGCCUUGUUCCACGACGCCACGCCCUUUCCCACCGACCUACCCACUGAUCGUCUUCUCCAUGCAGCAGUCCGCCUAUGCAACGCCAUAAGCGCUCAAGAAGCUCAGAAUGCUAAAGACGCGGCGUCGGACUCGCCUCUCUCUCCUCUCACCGCUUCUAGUGCGGGCACCCCUACCGCGACGGCCUCCGCGCGGCUUGACCCGUCCAAAGUCACAGCCGCUCUUGACGCGCUGCUGGACGAGGCGUCCGCGCUUCAACGCGCUGAGGCUCUCACGGACUCCGACGAGUCAUCGUCUGAGAACGGCGGAGGCCGCGGCGAGGAAGACGGCUCCUCGCAGGACGAAGAAGACGCAUACAGCGCAGGCGAGGGCCGUGCGAACGGCGUAGAGCCGAAGCGGAAGCGGAAGCGGAAGCGGAAGGGGAAGGGCGGCGACGGCGGCAAGUCCAGCGCACGGAACAACGGGCAGGACAACAAAACAAACUCGAAGAAAGAGUACCAGAAGAAGAAGAGGCGCAAGAAACGCCAACAGGACCGCUUCGAUGCCGCUAACGGGGCCCCGUACGACCGGCGCCACAAAAAGCUCUUCUAUAAGCGCACGCACUGCAUACGGCUUUGGAACCUGAAGACUUUCGAGGUGCGCUACGCGACGGGCCCGGGGGGCUACAUCGGCAAGAAGAAGUUUGCCAAGAAGCUGUAUACGGUAGAGGAGCUGGUUGCCAUGGGCUUCAAAGAGCUUCCGUGGGACGGAGAGGACACCAUCCUCCUUUUAGACAAGGACAACCGCGUCGUCUGCGUGCUGGUUGGCCGUCCGCAAGGCAUGACGCCCGAGGAACGUGCGGAGUGGGAUUCGGGAAUGGCCGACCUUGCUCGCGCGUUCGAGGAGGAGAGACUGGCCCAUCAGGACGAGCUGAAGAAGAACCUGCGCGGUCCCUUCGACGCUUUCGCCACAGGGUUCACCAUGGGACCAGGCGCGAAGAAACCGUCCAACUUGGAUGAGGCCAUGAACGCCGGCCUCCGAGCCACGUCCGAGCGCCUGCUGGCGCACGGACAGCUGCGCCGCCUCGCCGGCUUUGCAAGCGAAUGCGUGGCCCAUUACUUUCCUUUGGCGUUCCUGCAUAUGCGACGCCGCCUGGAGGCCCUGUGCAAGCACGACGAGGCGCUUCGGUUCCCUUUCGGCGGACUAAGCAUGUACCCCGCGUGCACGUUCAACCUGGGACCCUAUUCGGCCUGCUUUUCACACACGGACGGCUCUAACUACCCGGGCAUUCCGUGCACCGUUUCGCCCUUCGGGCCCUACGAUCCUGCGCGAGGCGGGCACUUCAUACUGUUCGACUUCAAGCUCUUCUUCAAGUUUCGCCCGGGCACGACCGUCGCGCUGUCUUCAGCAGGCCUGCGCCAUGGCAACACUGCGCUUGCUCCUGGCGACAAGCGCUACGGCUUUACGCAGUACUGCUCCGGAGCACUCAUUCGCUACGUCGCGUACGGGUUCCGUCUGGUGGGCAACAUUCCCGCGGCCGUUCGCGAGCUCAUCGACGCGGAAGCCGGAGAAGGUUGGCAGGAGCAGCUGGGGAGGUUCUCGACAUGGAGCGGUCUGCUGGUCGAUAGGAAGAAGCUGACACUCAUGAGCCUUGGCGAUUGGGAUGCGCCUCAGCUGACGUGGGAGGCCCACUUGGAACGCGGCCGCAGCGAGUACGCUCCGCAAUGGCCGGCGAACGACGAUCUGUGCGUAGCGGAGCUUGGCGAGGACGGAACGGGCGCUUUUCAUAUGCUGGAACGCGGCGGCCUGGACAAAGAACUGCGCGCGAACGACGUCAUCUGGUACUUCGGUGACGACGGCGGCCGUCCGACCCCGCCGGCCUUCGCACUCUUCUCUUACGUGACCCCCGAGGGCACUGCCGACGACGUCGGCGCAGACGAUGACGGUGAAGAUGAUCUUCACGGGCCAGACGAUCCCGAGGCACUGGCGCCGCGGACCGGAGUUGAGAUGUGCGCGAUGCUUGUGAAAGCAGUAGUUAGCUACCCCGCGCAAGGCGCCGAAGGCGGCAGGUGCACUUGGGUGCUAGGGCACGCAUUCAGCAUGCCGCGUUACUUGCGCGCCCACCACCUCAAACGAGGCACGCGCGUGGAAGGAGAUGUUCUCAGUCUUCUACAUCAGCGCGAGCACAUCCUGACCGACAUGUGGCAAGCCGCCCGCCUACACAACGUGGUGGCCGUGGGCUCUUUGCGCACCCUCUUCGACGAUGAACCCUCCCUUCCCCCGCCGGUCGGGAUGCCCGAGGAGAUCCCGGUUUAUUGGAGCCCAGGCUGUCUGCACGGACUGGAUGCCGUGCGUAAUGGCAUCAGCAAGCAGGCGCUCAACUUCAAGACCCCCCUCGGCGUUGCUUCGUGCAGGUGCUCCCGUCCUGGAUGCGCGGCGCCUCAGUACGACCGUGCUGAGCACACUAUGGCUCGUUGCCCACGCUGCGCUCGCUGGUUCCAUCAGAGCUGCGUGCAGGACGUAGACGACCCGGAUUUCGCCGCGUUCGACAUAGAGUGGGCGGGUGGGAAGGUGUCCGGCCCCGCAACUCGGCGAACGCCUAACCAGAGUGCGGCGGUCUUCAAGCACUGCAUGCGCGGCAUCGCGCUGCGCAUGGAUCCUCCCGUACGAACGUGGGAGCGCGUGGUCACGGCCGCCCAGACGGACGAAGCUCGCUAUUGGGCAGCUGUUGAUGACAGUCCAGACGGCGAGGGGUUCCAGCAGGCUUGGCGGGAUGCGGUCGUGGGAGGUCGGAACGGUAUCUCGGCGGAUGAGGCGACGUCGGCCGUGUCGCUCGUAAUGGAAGGGGGGGCCGGCUUUGCGUGGCCGAAGGUGUGCUUCUUCUGCGAGGCGCCGAUGUAG